AUGGAUCAAAAUCUUGUGUCUUCUACAAGCAGGAUGACCCAGCAAAAGUUUAUUGCCCAACGAGUCUGGGUUGAAUCCUCCUCCUCCUCCUCCUCCUCCUCCUCCUCCUCCUCCUCCUCCUUCUCCUCCAGUAGUAGCAGUAGCAGUAGCAGUAGCAGUAGCAGUAGCAGUAAGAGUAGCAGUAGCAGCAUUAGAGUCUGGGUUGAAUCCUCCUCCUCCUCCUCCUCCUCCUCCUCCUCCUUCUCCUCCAGUAAUAGCAGUAGCAGUAGCAGUAGCAGUAGCAGUAAGAGUAGCAGUAGCAGCAGUAGUACUUUUUCAACCAGCAGAUCAUUUACGUCACUGCUGAGAUCCGAAAUGGGGCGCGUGGGCGUCCCCCGUCCCCCUGAAUGA